CUGGCAAGUUCCUUCUGAUUUUGUUGUGUUCUUGCAUGAAGUAUGUGAUGAAUUUGUUGUAUUUGGUAAGAAGCUUUUAAAGUUUCCACUAUGAAUUUUGGGAAGUUUGGGUGAACUGUUAAGUAUUGGAUUGUCAUAUAUACAUGGUCUGAUUGUAGUCGAUCUGGAAUCUGAGUUUUCUUGUAAAAUCUUACACAAUCAUCAUGAGCAAAGUUCUUACAUAUUCUUUUCUUCCCCUAUUAGUGUGGGUUUUGAUUAGAGAAUUCUAUUUUGCAAUGUGAAAUUGAGGCUCGCUCUGUUAUUAUGACAAAAGGAUAUAUGUAAUCAUUAUACGAGUGUGUAAUUAGAAAGCUGCUGAUACAUAUCAUCUCUUUAGUAAAUCAUAGGUUGAAAAGUUUUGCCUUUUAACGCAUCAUCUACCUCAACUUUUGUGUUGGAAACUAACUUGGAAUAGUCAUCGUGUCAUAGACGUUAUGUUGUUGGAAUACUCCGUUAUAAAUUCAUAAUGCUAUGUAUAAUCUGAACUAUAUAUGUGGGGGAAAGAAGGGGACUUUGGUUUAGCUACUAAUCUGAUGUUGGAUACAUAAUAACUCUUGGUACCAUGUUAGUUUGACUCUUAUUAUUUGCAGAGUUAGACAUCCAGUAAAGAUAUAAGCAGAAGAGUGCAGUUUCUUCACAUUGCUUGAUACCAUGCAGUUAUACCACCACCCAUAUUCAAUAGAUAGUCAAAGGGUGAGACUUGCUUUGGAAGAAAAAAGCAUUGAUUACACAUCAUUCCAUCUGAAUCCUGUAACCGGCAAGAAUAUGAAUGUCUCAUUCUUCAGAAUGAAUCCAAGUGCAACACUCCCGGUUUUCCAAAAUGGCGGGCACAAGAUUUUCAAUACGAUUGAGAUUAUUCAGUAUGUAGAAAGAAUUGCAAGUGUCUCUACAGGCGCGGACUCCGCUGAGAACACUCCCUUCAGUGGCAGAGAAGUCACUGAAUGGAUGCACAGGCUACAACAAUGGAACCCCAAAUUUUUCACACUUGCACACAUCCCAGACAAGUACUUUCGUUCUGUCUCCAAAUUCUUGAGGCGGGUGGUGAUGGCUCGAAUGGAGGAAUCUCCUGAUUUGGCAGGUGCUUAUCACAGUAAAUUGCAAGAAGUAUAUGACACUGAAGACAAGUUGAAAAACUCAAGUGUUUUGAUACAUGACAAAGAACAUCUGAUUAGACUUCUUGAUCAAGUUGAAAAACAGCUAAAUGAAACAACAUAUUUAGUAGGGGAAGAGUUUACAAUGGCAGACGUGAUGCUAAUUCCGGUGCUAGCACGGUUGGUGCUGUUAAAUUUGGAGGAUGAGUAUAUAGGUACCCGGCCGAACACUGCUAAAUACUGGAUUACAGUGCAGCAGAGGCCUAGUUAUAAGAAAGUGAUUGCGAGUCAUUUCAAUGGAUGGAGGAAGUAUAGAACUUUGUGGAAAACCUGGUUCGCUAUUCACAGCAGAAGCAUUUUAAGGAGAUUUUGAUGAAUUUUGUUUGAUAUUUUUUCGCCCAUCAGAUACAUGAGAUGAGAGAAGUGUGUAAAGAUGUGUGCAUUUCUUCUUGACAUGUAUUAGUAUUGAGAUAGAGGAGGUUAGGCAAAAUUGAAAUUUUGAACUCGUAUGUCUUUAAGCACUGCUGGUGUUUUGGUCGCAGUGGAAGGAUCACCGAACCACAGUAUAAAGAUAGUUUCAUAUGA